AUGAAGCUGAACCUUCCAGUGGACGAUGUGGAUGACAAGGAGCAAGAGAGCGAUACGUCAGCCGAAAAGUUCAUUUCUCCAGGAGAUGAGAAGGGGGGAAAGGCGGACCGGCAAACGAAAGAUGUAGCGAAAUCUGAAGAUGUUGCUGUAACAGAAGAAAAGCAGAACGCGUUGAAAAAUGCCAGUGCAGUUGAAGAACCGAGUUUCAUCGAAAAUCCAGCCGCGCUGAAGAGUCUCAAUGAGAUCCGUUCCUAUGUUGCAAAAGAAUUCGAAGAUAUCAGUGAAAUUUGGUCCGAGAGUUACAAAAGCGGCACUGAAAGGGAAGAAACUGGCAAAGAUGAGAAUUCUCUCCUGGAGCGCACUACUGACGGUCGAACGAGUUUUGGUUUCAAUCGUAGCGAGUUAUGCGACCUCUUGUCGUCGUCUAUUUCGGAAUUAAUGGCAGAUGCAGCUUCACAACGGCGCCGUUCAUUAUCGAAAACACAGGUGCCCCGCUACAGGUUGAGCGAUUCACUUCUGGAGGAUUCUUUUAGUUCCACUCCCAGGUCACCACGUGCCCCUCAAGAGCGUUUCACAACAAAAAUGCCUACAUCACCUCGAUCGACAGCACUGGUGGAAAAAUGCCUAGACAGUUCAUUGGUGGAUAUGAUGGUGAAAUCUGAGAUACCAAAGGUGAUUAGUGAUGAUAAAAUACGAGAAAUUGAUGAACAGAUGGCUUCACUCAAACUGAGAAGUCCAUCGUUUGAGAAGAGCGAAGACGACCGUCCAUCAGAGGUCAAUACAUCUUUGAAUGACACAUACGAAAAUCUAUUGGAAAUAGAAAGGCCGUCUUCCGUAUUCGAUAAGAUCAGUUCAACUCCUCCUCCGAUGAACCCGUCUUUAAAACAUGGUUGGUAUAUCUAUAAACAUUGUGAUUUCUUCAUAGAAGAAUAG